AUGAUCCCUGCACCUCCCUCAAGUGAGGCAGCACCAUUUUCAUCACUUUUACGAAAUCAUUAUCCAGACAGUGGAAACAAUUUAUCUCCUCAAAAUUUGAUGGCAAAUUAUCAUCCUUUAAAGAGUUUAGUUGUUGAAAACAAUUUCAAUUCACCUGAAAAGGAGCUUUUAAAAGGUUCUUCCAUUCCUAUUGUUUGUCCAUUUGAGACAAAUCUUAAAGAACUGGCUGAUAAUUUUCAUAAUAUGGAUCAUUUAAAUAAUAAAUAUCAAUCAAAAGAAUUAAAGCAAAUAAAUCAGCAAUGUCCAAAAACUUCUUUAACUCCACAAGAUUUCACAGAUAAUCACAUGCCUAAUGUUAUGUCGACACCUGCUUUAACAUUAUAUUCUAAACAAAAGGAUAAACAGGAAAUGUAUUUUAUUAACCAAUAUUCAAAUAAAAAACUUGACAACAAGCGGUUAUGUUCUCAAAUCAAUGUUGUUCAAUCAGAAUCUAAUCUUGUAAAAAAUGAAAGAAAUAAUAAAAACAAUGACGUUACUCAGAAAAAACUUGAAUAUGAUUUUGAUCAAAAAGUUUAUGAUUCAAAGCUAGGAGUAACAUAUUAUAAAGGAAAACUAUUAGGCAAG